UUAAAAUUAUUGUGCUUCUAUUAUCCUCAUUUCCAUAAGGUAGAUGCUUUUUAAAUUCCAGACAUGAGGAUUAAAAAGGAAUAUCUAGCUCUUCUUGUUGUUUUUGGUUCUGUGUUUAUUAUUAGAUUGUUCUUUACCCAACAAGGCAUUUCCCAAGUUGCAGGAAAGAAGACAACUCAGCUACAAAAACUAAGAAAGGAUUAUAUAAGACGGAUGUGUGAUAUUGAAAAAAAGGCCCUUUCUGCACAGAAACCCAGGAUAAAAAACAUUUAUGAUCACUUUAUUGUUGAAGAAAGGCAAAAAAUCAUCUACUGUUUUAUUCCAAAGGUAGCAUGCUCGAACUGGAAAAGAGUUAUGUUUGUAUUGAAAAAAGGCGAGCCUUAUGAUGACCCUGCAUCCAUUGAUCCCAUUAAUGUCCAUCGCAUCAGCAAACUUCAAAACCUGACACAGUUUAAUUCAACUGAGAGGAAGAAUAGGCUGAUGAACUACACCAAGUUUAUGUUUGUCCGCGACCCAUUUGUUCGUCUCAUCUCUGCUUACCGUUCCAAAUUUCUGUACAAUCAGAAAAAUGAGUACUUCUAUAGGAAAUAUGGGAGAAUUAUGAUGAAACUAUACGGUAACCAGCAAAAACCACCACAAACGAUGAAAGAGGCAGAGGCAUUGGGACUGUUACCCACUUUUAAAAACUUCGUUCAGUAUCUGGUGGACCCACAAACAGAGAAAAAGGAGCCCUUUGAACCCCACUGGAGACAAAUGCAUCGCCUGUGUCACCCCUGCCUUAUAGAGUAA